CUUGCCAGGGUAAAUAUGGUGGAAACGAAAGUCGGACAGCAGCUUCAGACGGGAGGAUAAUCAACAAGGUCUCAUCUCAGGCCCUUUUCUGUCAUUACAAUCUCCUGACUCUCUUGACUGGAUCUUGGAGUAGGAGGAAAGCCCCAGCCAUGGCAGAAGCGGAACAGAUAAAGAAGGCUGCUGUCAAGGUAUUGGGUUGUGUGGAGAAAGUGGCCAAUUUCGCUUCUUCCAUUGACCCUCUCUUUGGCAUCGUUUCUUCCCUGGUCGGGGUGGCACGCAAAGGCCUGGUUGACGAUGAGAGUCACGCUCUGGACAAGGAUUUCCGGAUGGUGCACAACAAACUGGAGAGCAUUUCAGAGAAGAACCUUCAGUGCCUGCGGCAGAUCCGCAUCGAUGAGGUGAACGAGACUUUUGGCAAGUAUGAGGAGUACAUCAAGCACCAGUACAACGCUUUCAACACAAUGUUGGCGCUAGUGAGGAAAGAUCAAGACAACACCCAGCGAUACAUGACCGAUUUUAAGCAGAUUUAUGAGAGGGAUAAGAGUGACCUGAGUCUGAAGGUGUACUACAGAGGUGUAAUGGGCACUGGCUCUGUGUUCGGACGGCCCCUGCUGAACGUCUACCUGGAGCACUGCAGUGGUAAUCGCAUGAUCAUGGAGCACCGUUGUUCCCACCUGGGCCACCUUUUCCAAAUUGGUCUCAUUGCCCUCAUGGCCUACACGGCUGUGACCGAGGAUGAUGAGGAUGAGGUUCGGGAGGAGUGGGCCAAGAAGGUGCAGGACAUCCAGAGAAAAAUGCAGGAGGUGCUGGAUCAGUGCAAAGAUGAAAGCCCUCCCUAACCUUUGACUGGAAAUGGGGAGUGAAGCAAACACAAGGGGGUCGUCCCCUUUCGAUAUGAUGGGAACACUUCAGAGAAAAGAACCCAACUCUCUCAAUCUUUACGUUCAACCGUCAACCAAUGAUUAAAGCAAAAGCAAAGACACAUCAUGAGAUAUAUAUUAAAGUAAUUUUAUCAAUUGUGUUUGCAAUGAAGCUGAAUGGCAUUUUCUUAUUUAAUGUUUUCUUUUUGUUAUUGGACCUUUUUGUUUGUUUAUUUCAAUGAGACCACUUUGCUGUAUGCCAGGGCUGCCUUAUGUUACCUGUCAAUAAAUGCAUAUAGCUGUAGUUUGUUUUGUACAAUAUCCUCAAAAAAAAUUGAAUUAUUAGUAUAUCACAUUUAAAUUUUUUCAUAUAAUCAAGCAAACUAAAUCAAUAAAAAACUUUACUAUUUGGUAAUAGUUUG